UCAUAUUUACAACCUGAACCCUUGCCUCUCUCUCUCUCUCUCUCUCUCUGUCUCUCUCUGUGGCGUCGAGACCCAAAAACAAAGUGUUUCCAUGUCCUCCAUGAUCAUCUAACAAAAGGGUCGUCACGAAUUUUCAUGGAAUUUUCGGUUGAUGGUGAUGUUAGUGGCGAGGUGGUAGGAAGUUCUGCUGAGCUAGAAAUUAGUAGAGCAGGUGAUGAAAAUGAGACGGGUGGAAGUUCUAUUGAAGGAGCAUUCCAACUGGGUCAGGAUGAUAAAAUGAAUCAAGAUUCUCCUGGAAAGGAUAUAAUUCCACAAGCAGUUCCAGUUGUAUCAGUGGUUCCAGCGGAUGAGCCAUAUGUGGGUCAAGAGUUUGAAACCGAAGCAGCUGCACAUGCAUUUUAUAAUGCAUAUGCCACUCGUGUGGGAUUCAUAAUUCGUGUAAGCAAACUCUCUCGAUCACGGCGUGAUGGAUCUGCCAUUGGUCGUGCACUUGUAUGUAACAAAGAGGGUUAUAGAAUGCCUGACAAGCGCGAAAAAAUUGUAAGGCAGAGAGCGGAGACCAGGGUCGGUUGCAGGGCAAUGAUUUUGGUGAGGAAAGUAAGUUCUGGUAAAUGGGUCGUAACAAAAUUUGUAAAGGAGCACACUCAUCCUUUGACACCUGGGAAAGGUCGAAGGGAUUGCAUUUAUGAUCAAUAUCCGAAUGAACAUGACAAGAUUCGGGAACUAUCUCAGCAGCUGGCCAUAGAGAAAAAGCGUGCUGCUACCUAUAAAAGACAUCUCGACCUAAUAUUUGAGCACAUUGAAGAGCACAAUGAGAGUCUUUCAAAGAAGAUCCAACACAUAGUAGAGAGUGUGAAGGAGAUCGAAGGCAAAGAACAGCAACAACACAGAUAGUUUUUCUAUGGCGAUCAAAGCACUUUUUGUUUUGGUGAAACACAGAAUCAAAGCAAUGCAGUGGAGAAUGCUGCAGACAUUGUUUUGAUUUCAGUGUUGGCUUACGAUAUACAUUGUCGUUCGCCGGAGUUUUAGGUGUCUAGUUAGUUUAUAUAGCUUGGGAUGUUUUUGUCAAUGGCAUUCAUUGGACUGCUUGGCAUAAGUUGUUGUCUGCAGCAAAUGGUCAGUAGGAAAGUUGUUGAGUCCAUGUACAGUUUAUUUAAGCCAUCCAUUCCAUAUGAAUUGUGCUUAACAAUGCAAUAACAUAGAGCAGUAUUAGAAUGUCCCAAUGAAAGUUGAAUCGAGCCAUGCGCACGACACGUGAAAUUUGAUAUGAGGUUUGUUUUGUAUAGCAUCAAAAAUAUUGUACUUGCCCUUCUAAAUAGAACUUUUGCAUUUUGA